GAAUUAUUUAUUUUAGGAAUGAUUCUUUAAUUUUUUUACUGUUAAUUUUAAUGAUUUAUCGAUUUGAAGAUGUCAUUGUUUUAGGCACUGAAAGAUUAUGAGAAUAUGAUGCCAAAAUGUUAAAUCAUCAAAUAAUAACAAAAGAUCUAGCAAAUUAUUAGCGUGAAAUAAAAUGAAAUAAAGUACAAAAUGAAUCAAGAGAUAGAGAGGUAGUUUUCUAAGAAAAAAUUUUACAUUAAAAUAGUAAUUUGAGUUG